AUGGAGGAGGACCAGGAACAUGAGCACCCGGUCAGGAACCUCGUCUUGUCCGUCUGCGACCUGAAGCAGCACGGGGACAUCCCCGCGGCCAGGUGCGGGGCGCAGACCGUGACGAUGGCGACGCGCAUGUACCUGCACGGCGGGUGCGACGAGAAGAAGGCUUUUGGUGACCUUCACCUCCUCGAGAUCGAGCAGAUGAAGUGGACGGAGCUGGUGACAGAAGGCCGAGCGCCGCCGCCCCGCUGGGGGCACACCGUCGAGGGCCACGACACGGAUCUCGUCCUGUUCGGCGGCAUGAGCUCCGAGGGGCAGGGCGCCGACGGCCUGCUCGGCGACGCGGGGGCGGCCGGGCCGCAGCCCCCGCCCUUCGCGGCGGGCCUGAAGUGGGAGCACGUCGGGGUGCCCGACAAUGGUCUGUUCAAGCUUCAGACGCAGUCUCUUCAGUGGGAGGUCUCCUGGUCCGCGACCUGCGCUGGAAAACCUGGUCAUGCGGCCCGCGGCGGUGCCCGCGCCGCGCCGAUGCAGUCGCCGGCCGUGGCGGCGGCGCCCCCGCAGAGCCUGUACGACCUGCUGGGUGUGUCCCCCGACGCCGACGACGCGGCGAUCCGCUCCGCCUACCGGCGCGCCGCCCUCGCCACGCACCCGGACAAGGGGGGCAGCUCCGAGGCGUUCCUGGCGGCCGUGGAGGCCUUCGAGACCCUCUCCGACGCCGAGCGCCGCGCCCGCUACGACAGCGGCGGCGGCCGCGAGGCGCGCGCGCCGCGGCGCCCCGCGCCGCGCGGCGGCCCCCGCGCCGCGCGGCCGGAGGCGCCCGGCCGCGGGCGCGGCGGCGGCCGCGGCGCCGCCCGCGCCGGCGGGGGCGGCGCGGCGGCCGCGGGCGGGCCGCGGGGCCGCGCCGCGCGGCGGGCGGCGCCCCGCCCGCGGAGGGGGGCGGGCGGGGAGGCCACCACCGCCGGAGCCAGCGCUGCGGGGAGCGGCCGCGGCGAGGCCCCGCAGUCCGAGGCCUGGCCGCGGCAGCUGGCCACUCUGUCGCUGCGCGCGCUGGAGGCCCUGCUCGGGCACGGCCGCUCGCUGCGGUCGCGCGGCAGGGCGGCCGCGGCUCCGCGGUCCGCCCAGCCGGGCCGCUCGCCGACCGCGUCCGCUGGGCGCGGCGGGCUCGGGGCGGCGGGGGAGGAGGGCAAGGAGGACGAACCGGAGGACGAGGAUGAGGAGGGGGAUUCCAGCGACGAGCCGCCAGACGAGGGGGCUCGCGGCGACCUCGGCCUCUCGCCGGCGGCGGUGCUCGCGAUCUGCGACGAGGAGGCCGGCUUCGACGCAGAUGCACCGUGCGGCGACGACGCGGACGAAGCGCCGCAGCGGGAGCCCAAGCGCUUCAAGGUCGGCUCGCGCAACUACACGCGGAUGCGCGGCGUGCACCACGCGCACGGCAAGGGCAGCCUCGAUUACGUGGCCUGCAUCGGCUUCGCCGGCUUCUAUUUGAUGACGCAGUCCACCAGAAGCAUCCCGGAGGCCAUCGACUGGCACAUCAUGCUGGUGACCGUCAGGCAGGCGUCGCGCUCGGCGUGCCGAGGCGGGGCCGACUUCAGCGAGGCCGUGCGGGCCGCCGUCUCCAGGGCCCUGGAGUCCCGCAGGGACGAAGGCGGCAGGGUCCCCGUCCUCUCCUUCUCGUCCUUCCUGUCCGUGGACAACAACAAGGUGUCCCUGCCCGCGUUCACGUCGCUGGACAAGGCGCUCCGCCAGCGCGAGGAGAUGCUGGCGAUGAGGGCCUCCGGGGCCAGCGGCGCGCAGAUCAGGGCCUGGAAGGACGGCCUCGUCUCGGCGGCCAAGGCGGCGCGGCAGAAGGCCACGGCCGAGCGGCGGGCCGAGCGGCGGGCGGAGCGGAGGAUGCGAGGAGAGGGCGAGCGGAGGAUGAGGAACCGCGGGCACUCCCUGCUGCUGGGGCUCGUGCGCCAGCGGGCCAUCGCCGUGCGCCGCGCGCUGGGGGUGCGCGCCCUCCCCGGCGGGCUGGACGCGGUGCUCUGCCAGGAGGAGCGGCGCCGCGUGCGCGGAGGCCUUCGCCUACGCGGAGCUGCGCCCUCUGGCCGGCGGGGGGGACCGUCCGCUCUGCUCGGGGCCGCUGCGCUCGCGGUUGUGAAGGACGCCGAGUCGGACUUGCGCCACCUGGAGGCAGUACAGGCGGCCGCGGGCGACGAGGCGGCGGCCGCGCGGGCGCAGUGCCUGGACCUGGAGGUCAUGACCGCGCGCUUCUGCCAGGGCCUCUCCUGACAGCGGCGGUGCCAGCGCCGUUGCCGCCCAGCGGAGGAGGGCCCGUCGAGACAACGGCGGCCCCCCCCCCCCCCCCACGUUUUUCGCCCCACGAGGAGGAACCGUCAAAAAGGAGAAGGACUACCUGUAGGGUUCGGAGCAGGAGCCUGGCCGGUUGCGGAGCCUCGGCCUCGGCGGCGCAGCCCAGGGUCCCACCAAUUAGGGCCACUGCUGCCGUCGGCCGCCCUGCGUGAGCCUGG